AUGGCCUCAUCAAGAUUAAGGCAAAAUCCGGCCACCGUCUUCGACGUUUUCGUUGAAGUGGCGCCUCCGGACGACGACGAAAAAGCGUUUAUACUUUGGAAGUAUCCGGAGGACUUUGAGGACGAGCACAUGCUUCGAAGUAUAACUGAAUUUGCGUUUCCCUGCGAGUUUCAAAGUUCCGUUGCCGUCCAGUUGUUCACGUUUGUUCUUACCGAUCUCGAUAGCCGGUACACAUUUGGCUUUUGUCGUCAUGCGCCCCGCUCCCACACCUGUCUUUGUAUUUUGAGGAGAAAUCCGUCUGUUAACACUGGUGUUAUUUUCAGUGCGCUUCCCUGGCCAGAACUAUUUUUCAAGUUUUUAAAUCAUUUGGCAUCGACCGCUGACAGCUUUCCCAUCGAAAGGUUGACCGCAUUUCUUGAUAAUGCCUACCAUCAGGAAAUUCCUUCUGCAGGACAGACAUUUGUCGCCCAAGUUUUUCCUAACAAAAACAAAAUGGAGUGUGUUUGUCCCGACUACAGCAGGUUGCCGAAAAUUCCUGAAAAUCGGUCACUGACCGAAUACUAUAACGCCGUCAGCGAGGAAAACAUGAUCAGCGUAUUCGCGAGCCUGUUGUGCGAGCGAAGGGUAGUUUUCACGAGUGAAAAACUGGGAAAAUUGAGCGCUUGCGUGUUGGCGUCUAACCUUCUGCUGUAUCCGAUGCAGUGUGCUCCGAUGCCUUUCAUUAUCGGCGUUCCGAUGUCAGUUCUUGAGGAAGCAAGGAAAGAUACCGAUUUGAGUGAAGUUGCGAUUUUGGACAUCGACAGAAAGGAUUUUUCGUCACCGUUCGACGAAGUUGCCUGUCUUCCUCAAGAUAUGAGUGGUUUACUUUUCGAGCCUAAAGCCUUGGUGCUCUCAUUACUCUCAUUUUGUAUCAUUUGUCUCAUACUACUGUUGCUACUUAUCUUGGUACUCUACGGUGUUUUUACUUUUUCCCAGAUGGCGAUCCUGAAAAAAAGUUUACGGUCUAGUCCAUUGGUCGGGGAUGGCUUGGCUCGAUCAUUUUUGCGCGCUAUAGUCUGUUUAAUUGGAGGCUAUCGAGAGGCGCUUCAGUUCAGACCAGGCGAAUCGAUAACCUUCAAUCAAGCAGCCUUCCUUCAGACUCGCCCCGCGCAUUUUCGAGGAUUUCUGGAGAAGAUGUUUCAUCUGCAAAUUUUCCAACAGUUUAUCGAAGAUCGGUUACAAAAGUUGAACUCCGGCGAAGGAUUUAUGGACGAAUUCGAAGAUGAAUGCGCGAUGUAUUCCGAUAAAAAUUUCAACAAGUACAAAUAUCAAUACAACGAAUGGAUGAAGAACAUGAAGAAAGAAGGCGGUGCGUUUGUGAAACAUAUUCGUAGCAAGGUGAAUUUUUGUUAA